UGUGGUUUGUUGUUGUUCUUCUCUCGGUUCUUGCUGUCAAGGGUCCAAACAAACUCACAUUUAUCUGCGCCCUUCUUAAAAAAGGACGCGUUUGCCAAAGUAACCUUCAGUUGUCGGUUUUAGCCUUGUGACUAGUGUCAUUUCCCAUUGUCAUGUUCUGUGGAGACAUGAAAUCCACACAGUCAACGUCGAUGUCGAUUUCCGAGCACCGCCAGUGCGGCGUCAACCCAGAUCAAAUACUAAUUGACGAAGAAGACUUCGAGGAGGAUGGAGAAGUUGAAAAAAGUUCAGCUGAAUGGAUUGAGGAAGUUAACGUGAAAGUGCAAUCAAGCUUGGCUUCUUCACAAGAAUGCAUAGACAAUCUGCAUAAACUAUCUAACACGCUGUUUAGUCUUCAACAUGAGCAUGCAAAGCAAAAACCAGCAGGUCCUGGUGGUAAAGGUACCAUUUUGAAAUGGUGGAGGGAGAAAAAGAUGGAUCCCAAAACACUCAUGCAUCUUCUGGAUAUGCAGCCAAUGAGUACAGCGAAAAUGAUGGAACCGAACAUUGCAAAACAGUUGGACGCAACAGUGGGAGAGAUUGAUAUGAUUCUAACAGACAUCACAAAAUCUUUUCCUUACAAGAAAGCCCAGACAAUUGCCUUCAGAUACAUAAGGAAAUUCUUAGAGAAUCUUCACAAAGCAUUUCACAUUCGGUCACAGGAAUAUUUUGAGGUAGGAAAUGAAUUGAGAAAGUCAGACUCAUUUGGCUCCCAGGGUGCUGAAGAUAACUUGGUGAAUGAGCUAAAACAUCUUCAAGAACACAGUCGUGCACUUAAAGCACGAGCUGAAUUAGCGGAACAUCAUUACAAGGAAGCAUGUAGCACUAACUAUAAUCUGGAAAACACCAUUAAACUCUUGAGGUCCAAAGUUGCACAGCUACAAAACGCUAAGAAAACACUCUCUCAUGAGCAAAUCACUUCUGAAAAUUUCUCUCCAUCUGACGAUUUGCAAAUAAAAACAAAGCAGGUGCCCAAAAUAAAUAAAAGAACCACACUUUUGAAAAAAUCAAAUGACAAAAUCACUCCUGUAGAAAGUCUAAGGGGGAAUUAUCCCUUCAGUCAGGAGCACAACAAUAUUCUUGUUGAUGGACAUGAUAGACUUGAUGGUCAAAGGACUGUCCCUGUAAAAUCCACAGAAGAAAAUAUUUCCUUUGGAGAACCUCAGAAACAAUGGGCUAUCCUAGAAGUAUCCAAGGAAGAAAACAUUCCCUUUGGAGAACCUGAAGGGGAAAAUAUUCCCACAGAAGUGUCCAAUGAAAGGAUUUCUCCCACAACUCAGCCCAAAUUGGAGAAGGUUCUUAAUGAAGCAGUGAAUGGUAAGAUGCAUAAAUCUGAUCCGAAUGCAGGAAAGAAACAGAGGGCAUCAGCUCGGAAAGAAGAAGCUUUAAAAACCAAGGCUAAGCAGGUAGCUGUAGACUUGCUCACAGAUUUUCAAACUGCUGUUUUGUAUUCGCUGGAUCACGGAUUGAGCAGUGGCAAAGAACUUUCGCCUGAUGAUGUCUGUAAAGUCCAAGCUCUUCUCAAGUCUGCUGAAUUAAAAAACGUUUAUGGAGUGAUUGAGAAAACAAUCAAAGAAAUAUUUUCCAAGCGAAGGCAGAACUUCAAGCAAGAGGUCAGUGAGCAACAAAUCCAAGUAUUAAAGCCAUCAAAGGAAAGCCUAAUGGAGAAAUUGAAGGAUAAACAACCUGAAUUUACGACUUUUGCUGAACUUCUGGAAGAAAUUUCCAGAUUCAGUAUUAUUCAAGAGAUUGCACUUGAUGAAUUAAGUGCCCAAAUUCAGUAUUUCAUUGAAGAGGCCAAACAGGACAAAACUAUGUCCCAGCAAGAAGCCCACUUCUAUGAAAAGACCCUGGAAGCCUUAGGCACAGUUCUGACGCUUGAGAAAAUGUCCUCUCAGGCUGGAAUGGAUCAGUUAAUCAGGAUUCGAGAGACAACCAAGAAUCUAUACUCUAUCAACAGCGUCCUUGGGCUUAAAGGAAAGGAAAUUAAACUACAGGCAGAACGUGGUAAGAAGGAAGGAGUUCUUCUGCCCAAUAUGGCAACAGAGACAAUAGAAAGAACAACAAAAUCCAGGGGAAAGGUCUUCCAGGCUCCUGAUACCGAAAACAUUGUGGAUGGGUCAUAUAUCGUAAAUGUGACAUACCUAAGAACAAAUUAUAAAACUUUGGACCAAGCAGUGUAUAAUGGUAUAAUUUCCAGACAACUCCAUGCCAUAGCAACAUACCUUAUUCAUCAAACAUUAACUACAGUUCAGCUUCGACUGGCUUACCUGUUCAGAAAGUACAUCACCUUCUGUCAUAUCCAAACCAUUAGAAAUUAUUUGAACAGCAGGAUGUCUGAUGUUUGCAGUAACAAUGAAGCGGUUGCUCAGGAUCUGUACAGAUUUGCCAACAGGCUUGAAGCACGUGUAAAGUCCAGCAUGCAGCACUGGGAUGCAAGACAGCAACUAGUUAAUCAGAGUCGCCAAAGGCACUUGAAUCGAAUGACUGACUUGUUCAAUCAGCUUAAACACCGUGUUGGCCUACACUUGUUCAGUCCAUUUCUGGCCAAACCAACAAAUCCAAGGACUUGGAAGCAGUUCAGGUCCCCUCUUCAGCCGACGUUUUUGAUAGCAUCCAAUAGACCCUGUUAUCUUCGUGGUCAAAGCAACUGUGCGUCUUCAGCUUUUCUUAGAGUGAGUAAGCAAAAGACCCCAGCAUGGUAAAUGAAUCCAAAAAAUGAAGUGCCAAAGAGGAAGGAUUAAACAGGUCGUUAAGCUGAUGGGUGCACAGCCAACCUAUUCCACACUAGAGGUUGAGAUUCAUUGCUUGAGAGCUGUUAAUGGUUUAUUCCUGUCUUGCUUCUUUGCUAUGAUGGUGGACCUUUGGAGAAGAAGAGGAGAGAAACGGAUCUUAGGGUCAAUCCUGGUAGAAUUUGGUCGCUAAUCCAACACAGCCUGAUGGGGAAAACCCGAGUAGGAUUGCAAAUGCAAUUUCAAACGUAGGUCUUCUUAUUCCUUACCUUCUUGACUUAACAACUAUUACCAACCUGUAAAGCUGAUGGGGAAAAGAGGACAACAGGAUUAAGUUAGGACUUGAGCUAAACCACUGACCAUUUUGAAUCCUAGAAAGGGACAAAGAAGACAAAGUUUUACUGAGCCCUCAUUUACACUACUCACUGUGGGAUUACUGGGAUCCUCUGAUAGGGUCAUGUUAUCCAGGAUGUUAACUUAUACAAAGACGGAAAUAAAGGUAAGUGGGACCUAAUACAACCUGCUCCAUGCAGACUCCGACUAGAAGACAGUCUUUGUUACACAUGAACACGUGUCUUGUGGUAGUCAAGUGCUAAU